AUGGGCACCCCCCUCAAAUUUCACCGCGGAAACGCAUCCAAUCUGCUAAAAAUUGACGCAUGUGUCUUCAAGCCACUACUGAUGAAAUAUACAGAGUCUGACAUUCACAGCGCCCUUGAGGCAAUCGCCAAUGGCGGAUCCGCCAAGAAGGCUGCUCGCGAUUGGGGCGUCCUGAGGGCAACUCUUUACAAUCGCAUGCAUGGUCACGAAUGCAGAAAGGAUGCAUUUUCUGCUCUUCAGAGGCUUUAUCAGACACAGGAAAAGCAACUUACCGAAUGGAUUCUCAUUCAGGACGCCUUGGGCCUUCCUCCCACUCACUCGCAGAUCAGGCAGUUCGCGCAGCGCAUGCUCGCCGUCAAAGGAGACCACACACCGCUCGGAAAACACUGGAUGCAAGCAUUUUAA